GGGUGGUUUCCUGAAGAACUGGACUCAGUGUCAUUGCCCGCAUUGCGGCGAGGAGCGGGUCGGCCCGCUUCAGCAGCGCGCCAGCGGUACCUGGGCAUAUAGGUGCACCAAACGCGGCUGUCAGCGAUGCAUCCUCCCUCAUGCCGAGCACCCCGUUUUCACGGCGGGCUGGGGGCGCACUUCGAAACCGCUCCGAAGCCAGGUGCGGGUCCUAUUCGGGCUCAUCGUGGGCUUGACUCACUCGCAGAAUCACUUAUUCUGGGGGGACAGCGCCUGGUUCAUCAGCGAGAUGUCGAAGCGACUCGACGCGGUCCUGGCGAAGGACGUUGCCGACCGAGAGAAACGCAUCAAAUUUGGAGACACUGUCAAGAAGGAGUGGCGCGACGCCGAGGCGGACGAGGUCGACUUGGGCAAAGAGUUCGUCACCGACAACGCCAAGGACAACCUCAGAUGGCUCCAGUGGGCUGGCAUAGUCGAGCGGGGCAGACCAAGCAGCUUGGCACUUUUCCGAACGAAGCCUAAACUUACAAGCAGGAGGGCUCCUGGCCCUGAACCCAUCAAGAAAUCAGAUUGGUACCCCAUGGCGAAAAAGUGGUUGAAGGGGCGCAAGAUUCUCUUGCACACUGACGGCGCCCGCUCAUACAAGCUGGGGCUGAACCGAAAGAACACCUUGGAUGGCGUCAUCCACGAUUACGUCACCCACAAGCCCAAGAAAGACGGGAAGCUCCUGCGCCCCAAAUACGUGCAGCUCUUCGCCCACGACAUAGAUGGGUCCACCACGUACACAAAAGGGGCGGGCAAGCGGGGCAAGCGAAAU